AUGGCGGAGCCUGUGGCCAUCGACGCCUCUCGAGCGGCACCUUCUCUGUGGGAUCGGGUGUCUACUUGGGUGUCGGAGAACAAAGCAGUCGCAUACACGAUCGCCGGAACUGUCGUUGUCAUCACCAGCGCUGGUGCUAUCUACUACUUUUCGGGAAAGACAAGCGGUCCAUCUGCCGCACCUACGGAAAAGAGGAAGAGCAAAAAGGAGCGUCGGAAAGAAAAGAAGGCUGCCGAAGAAGCACAAAAGGCUGGCAUUAGCCUGAAAGACGCCGAGGCCGGAACCGCUCCCUCCAAGUCCGCCACCGUCGAAGCCGAGGAUGAUUUGCCCGAAAUCAACGAGACCACGGUUGAGAGCUUCACACCAGAGGAGAGAGCUACAUAUGCCGGUAAAUUGAAAGCUGCCGGCAACAAGGCCUACGGGUCCAAGGACUACAACAAGGCCAUCGAACUCUAUGGCAAAGCAAUCCUCUGCAAACCCGAUCCUGUUUACUACUCCAACCGAGCGGCAUGCUACAAUGCGCUCAGUGACUGGGAUAAAGUAGUCGAAGACACCAGCGCCGCAGUGUCGAUGGACCCCGAAUACGUGAAGGCGCUCAACCGACGAGCGCACGCUUACGAGCACUUGGGCAUGUUUUCGGAGGCGUUGCUGGACUACACCGCCAGCUGCAUUAUUGACGGGUUCAAGAACGAGAACAGCGCCCAAAGCGUCGAGAGGUUGUUGAAGAAGGUGGCCGAGAAGAAGGGCCGGGCCAUCCUCGAGGGCAAGAAGAACAAGCUACCGAGUGCCACCUUCGUCUCCAACUAUCUCCAGAGCUUCCGACCUCGCCCACCCCCAGCUGGAUUGGAAGAGUCGGCUGAACUCGAUGAAAACACUGGAAAGGGCCAAUUGCAGCGCGGGCUGAUCGCGAUGAAGAAGAAGACUGCGCAGGGCUACGAGGAGGCGGCCGAGGCUUUCAAGAAGGCCGUCGAACUUAAUGAACUUGGUGAACAUGAGGCUUUCGGCUUGAACAUGCGGGCCACUUUCUUGUACCUGGAAGGAGACACGGCCAAAGCCCUCGAAGACCUGACGAAAGCCAUAGAGCUGCAGCCUUCAUUGACCCAGGCCUACAUCAAGCGUGCUAGCAUGCAGCUUGAGCUCGGCAACAAGGAUCUGGCCUCGGAAGAUUUCGAGAAGGCUGUGGCCCAGAACAAGGACGAUCCCGACAUCUAUUACCACCGUGCUCAACUUCAUUUCAUCCUGGGUGAGUUUGCGGACGCUGCCAAGGACUAUCAGAAGUCGAUCGAUCUCGACAGGGACUUUAUCUACUCUCACAUUCAGCUUGGUGUUACGCAGUACAAGAUGGGUUCCAUUGCAUCAUCAAUGGCGACUUUCCGGAGAUGUAUCAAAAACUUCGACAAGGUGCCCGAUGUGUACAACUAUUAUGGUGAGCUCCUGCUUGACCAACAGAAGUAUCAAGAGGCAAUUGAGAGGUUCGACACGUCGAUCGAGAUGGAACGCCAGACGAAGCCCACUGGUGCUAUCAAUGUCCUUCCAUUGAUCAACAAAGCUCUGGCACUAUACCAAUGGAAGCAGGACUUCAAGGCGGCAGAGGAGCUGUGUGAGAAGGCGCUUAUCCUCGACCCUGAGUGCGAUAUUGCUGUUGCCACGAUGGCCCAGCUUCUUCUGCAGCAAGGCAAGGUUGUCAGAGCCUUGGAAUACUUCGAGCGAGCUGCCGAACUUUCGAGAACCGAAGGCGAGAUUGUGAACGCUCUCUCGUAUGCCGAAGCCACGCGCACUCAACUGGAGGUUUCGCAGAAAUACCCUCGGUUGGCUUCGCGUUUGCAACAGAUGGAAGGGGCCGGACUUGGCGGACCGCCAGGCGUGAGGUAA